AUGUUCGGUUUCGCAUUGGCGGCGCUUGCCCUUUCAGGCUCGAGUCUGGCGCAGGAGAUUCCAGAGCCCACGAGCGCUCUAGCGCUGGACGAUGCCUGCGACUCGGAAGAUUGUGAUCUGUCCCUGCGGCAGCUGCGGCGGGAGAGCCGGAGCACCCAUGCAAACGACAUGGGAUCGGCAGCGGCACCAAAGUUCAACUACAACUGGAACUUCGGAUGCACCGGGAAGACAGAUCAGGAGAAGCCUGCAGGCGACGACCUCACCUUCAACCUGAACUGGAACUUCUGCUUCGAUGAGAAGACCCUUAGCAAGAUGACGAAGGAAGGAGGGGCUUUGAAGAAGAAGAAGGGUAACUGUCAGUCCUUCGGCUGCACCAAGAGUUUCGAUUUCAUGACGCUCAUGAACGAAUGCCAGUGUUUCCCUGGAUGUGACAAGACAUUUCUGGGCAACACUUGCUGCCCUGACUACAAGAGUCAGUGCGAGACGGGAAAGGCGGAGGAAGCUCAAAGUGAAGCGCCCGCCCUGACGAUCUCUGGUUACACAACCUAUGCAAACGCACACUGCGAGGAUUCCAAGGGAGCCUCGGAGCUCACACGCACAAGCGCUUCUCCCGACAGUUGUGCGAAGCAGUGUGACAGCAACUCCGACUGCGAGGGCUUCUCUGUCUCAAAGAAGAACUCCUGCACCCUGCUUGCCGGCAUUAACAUCCCGGCCUGUGGUGCCAGCCCUGGGGAGUUCUCUACUUACGUGAGGACCCAGGGCAAGAAGCCGUCGGCUUGCUACAAGUACUUGGCUGACAAGGGCGCCGAAGGCUGUGCAUCCUACGCUU